UCACUCUCCCAUUCGUCCUUUCCCUCUCGUCGGGAUUCAUACCUACACCCCCCUUAUACUCUCUCUCCCCUCUUCACUGUCUCUCACUAAACACACAUCCCCUUUUCUUUCUCUCUCCUCUAUCCACCCAUCACUCCAUUUCUCUCUCUUCAAUUUUCCCCCAAUUUUCUCUCCCUCAAUUCCCACUCAUCACCAAUGCAGAAUCAUCACCGUCAUCGUGCUUCCGAUCUAUAAUAAUCAUCUAUAUCUCUUCCUCCACCUCUUAAUUUCAAUUUUCCGUUUCAGAAAAAUGCUGGAAGCAAUGGAAAGUUCAGUGAACGGUGGUUUCUCGCAGCAUUUACAAAGCUUCGGUGAUAGCAGUGAAGAAGAACUCUCGGUUCUUCCACGUCACACCAAAGUCGUUGUAACCGGAAACAAUCGCACCAAAUCGGUACUCGUUGGUCUUCGUGGUGUUGUCAAGAAAGCUGUUGGACUUGGAGGUUGGCAUUGGCUGGUUCUCACCAAUGGUAUUGAAGUGAAGCUGCAGAGGAAUGCUCUUAGUGUGAUUGAGCCACCUACUGGCAAUGAGGUAGAUGAUGACCUUGAAUUUGAGAAUACUCAGUGGCAUGGAUCAGAUAUGGCAUCUGAUGAAACUCAAAAGUCCCACAAAUCAAGGCAUAGAAUCCAUAGAUCAUUAGGAUCAUCUCACAAGAGCAUGAGCAGGUCCUUCUCUGUUGAUUCACAAUCCAAGGGAUCCAUUUCUAUGCCUCAUGGGUGGACGGUUGAUUUGAGCAAAUUGGAAAUGGCUGCAUUGUGGAGAUAUUGGCGACACUUCAAUCUGGUGGAUGCUGUUCCAAACCCGUCCAAAGAGCAGCUGGUAGAUGUUGUUCAGAGGCAUUUCAUGUCGCAGCAAAUGGACGAGUUGCAAGUUAUUCGAGGAUUUGUCAAAGCUGCAAAGAGGUUGAAGACAACUAUGUGCAAAUGAUGGAGCUGAGCUGAGCUGAACAAAAUGCUGCUGAUAUUUAUGAAGUUAUAUAUUCUAAUGCUAACAAAGAUAAUGGUGCCUAAUAUGAAUAUCCACUUCCCUUGGUACUAUGUAACAUAUUUAGCAAUACUAAGUAGUAAGUAUCUAUCGGAUCUCAAUUAGUAGUAGGUUGAUUAAGAGGUUAUAUAUAGAAUGACUCUUUUGUAGCAUCACCUAGUUAUCUUAUGUAGAUAUGUGACCAAACAACUUGGAUCUUGAGUGAAGUUUUAAGGCCUCCUUUAGCUUUUGAUUAUAAUGUUCUGCUCCCAUGGGAAGUGGGUUUCCUUAUACUUGUGCUUGUAUAUAUCUCCUAUUCUGCUUCUCUUAA